AAAGCACGUGUCAGGGAGAGGAGAAGAAUAAGCAAGCUGGUUUGACCAGAAACAGAACUGCCUGUGACAGAUUAAGAGACAAGCAAGGCUUGGAAUCUGAGAACAAGCAGAGUGGAAAUUUACAGCUGCUCUGUGUGAGUGUUCAAGUGAUCAUUUUCUACUAACGUUUUCCGGUCGUAACUGUUACUCUUCAAAGAGAGACACAGAAAGUGGAGACAGAAUUGUGCAAAGUCUUUUCUCUGCCACGCUUUGGUAACAGGAGGCUUUCUAUAUUAAAUGGAAGAUAAAGACUACUUGCUCUAAAGUGCUCUGAGCCCAAGAAAGAGCUGUCUUCAGCACCUCACCAUGUAUCUGCGUUUUAUUGCUUAGACAAGCCUGGGUGUUUCUUACCAUUUGUAUUCCAUAUUGGAAGAAGAGUUUUUCUACAUGAAAAAAAUGCCUUUAUUUAGUAAAUCACAUAAGAAUCCAGCAGAAAUCGUGAAAAUGCUGAAAGACAACAUGGCUAUUUUGGAAAAGCAAGAUAAAAAGACAGACAAGGCUUCAGAAGAAGUGUCAAAAUCACUGCAAGCAAUGAAAGAAAUUCUGUGUGGCACGAAUGACAAGGAACCCCCAACAGAGAUGGUGGCUCAGCUGGCACAAGAACUCUACAAGAGCGGGCUGCUGGUGACACUGAUAGCUGACUUGCAGCUGAUAGACUUUGAGGGAAAAAAGGAUGUGACCCAGAUUUUUAACAACAUCCUGAGGAGACAGAUAGGCACCCGGAGUCCUACUGUGGAGUAUAUUAGUGCUCAUCCUCACAUCCUAUUUAUGCUGCUCAAAGGGUAUGAAGCCCCACAGAUCGCCUUGCGUUGUGGGAUUAUGCUGAGAGAAUGUAUUCGGCAUGAGCCACUUGCCAAAAUCAUCCUCUUUUCUAAUCAAUUCCGGGAUUUCUUCAAGUAUGUGGAAUUGUCAACAUUUGAUAUUGCUUCAGAUGCCUUUGCUACCUUUAAGGAUUUAUUAACCAGACAUAAAGUGUUGGUAGCAGACUUCUUAGAACAAAAUUAUGACACUAUUUUUGAAGAUUAUGAGAAGUUGCUUCAGUCUGAGAAUUAUGUAACGAAGAGACAAUCUUUAAAGCUGCUGGGUGAGCUAAUCCUGGACCGCCACAACUUCGCCGUUAUGACCAAAUACAUCAGCAAGCCAGAGAACCUAAAGCUGAUGAUGAACCUUCUUCGAGAUAAGAGUCCCAACAUUCAGUUUGAAGCCUUUCAUGUCUUUAAGGUGUUUGUGGCCAGUCCUCACAAAACGCAGCCUAUCGUGGAGAUUCUGUUAAAAAAUCAACCCAAACUCAUCGAGUUCCUCAGCAGCUUCCAAAAAGACAGGACAGAUGAUGAACAGUUCACUGAUGAGAAGAACUACUUGAUUAAACAGAUCAGAGACUUGAAGAAGACAGCCCCAUGAGUACACCACCGCCAGGCGAUAGGCCUUUCUUCUCCUCAGCCCAGUUUGUACAGUGUUGUUUCAAAGUCACUGCUCUUGUGAGGUCUCUGGAGGCGCCUGGUUAUUCUCAAUUAAUUACUCAAGGUAGAUGGAAUAUAAACAUUUAAGUGGAAAAUUAACCUAGAAUAAUAAUGUAUUCAUUUUAAUCAAGUUUGAUUAUUUAUGUGAAAUCAGAGCUGUUGUAUUACAUGCUGAU